AUGGGUCAAGAAUGCUGUUAUCCCAGUCGUUAUCCUUAUCAACCGACUUCAUAUCCAUCGAGCGCUGGCUAUUGUCCACCACCACCUUCUCAGCAUUAUUCACAUCAUCCUCAUCAUUUCUCGCCACCGAUACCUCAAUAUUGUCCACCACCUUCAAUGGACUACUGCCCACCACCACCGUCAAUGGAUUACUGUCCACCACCUUCAAUGGGCUAUUGUCCACCGCCACCAUCAGGAGACUAUUGUCCACCACCAUAA